UCUUUUUGUAUUGAUUUGCCUUACAAUCGAGUCUUCUUACUUGUUGUUAUGAUCGAUCGUUGAAUGAAAAGAGAAGUUAAUCAACAAUGGCUGGAGAAAUCAUAGAUAUUAACUUGGAAGGGGAUUCAGAAGGUAGCGUGAAUGAGGAAACUAAUAAUGUUGGUAAAGGGGUUGAAAUUGAGGGUCCUACUAAUGGUAAGGGGGUUGAUGGUGAGGUUCAUGUGGAGGAAGGCCAAAAGGAGAGUAUAGUUGAGGAUUAUUAUGAACUUGGACAAGAUUUUACUACACAAGUUGUUUUGUUAGAGAAGGAAGAUGAAGCUGGUGUCGAGAAGGAAUGUGCAAGUGCAUCAAAAAGUCAUAAUGUGGCUGAUGACCAUAAUGAUGAUUUUAAUGGGAACAAAAAGGCAGAAAGUGAUGAAAGGCAUGAUGAUCCUAUUAUGGAUAUCCUUGAGUUAACAGAUACUGAAGAUGAGGAGGCUAUGGAGGCCAUAAGGAAGGUCAAGUGUUUUUGUUAUAAUUUGCAAGGGGAUAAUGCAGGAUCUAAUUCCUAUCAUGAUGGUGGUGUGAAUGCAGUAGGUCUUAGUACCCCUCGUGCAACAAUCCAUGACAAUGGUGAUGAAAUUCAAAGUGAUGCGGAAUAUAGGUACAUUUCUAUUGAUGAGGAUGAUGGAAGUGAUGCUGAUCAUGCUUUUAGGAAGAGCGCUACAGAUGCAGUUUAUGAAGAAGUUGAAGAUGCUCUUCCAGAUAUAAGGUUGGGAAUGAUUUUGGAUAUUUGCAAAAGAGAAGUUGUUGGUGAUUUUGGUUCUAAUAUAUGGGAGAAGAUUGUUGCAAGUUGGAAAGGAAGCAAGAGAUGUAGGGUGCUAUGGCUUGGUGGCACUAGUUAUGAGGUUGAAAAAGAAGACAAGGGUAAAUUUAUUGUUGAUAUAAACAGGAAGACCUGCACUUGUAGGUGCUGGAACAUGACAAGCAUACCUUGUAAGCAUGCUGUUAGUGUCAUGAAAUUGAGGAAAGAAAAGGAUGAAGGCUAUGUCAACCACUGUUCCCAAAUAGCAAAGAGCAAGAAGAGGCCAAAGAAUGGAUCAACCUCAUCAACUACAACUCUUAUUGCCCCCACACAAGCAGCAUUCCCAAGUGCAGAACCUCAAUACAAUCUAGCUGUUGCAUCUAGUCCACCACAAGAACAAAACAAGAGAGGUGAGGCCAAGAGAAAGAAAUCUAGUAGUCAAUUGUCUGUAAUGGCCAAAGAUAGACAAGGGAAAGGUGGAUAGUCAGGUGCUAGGGAGUGCAGGUGUUGAUCGUUGUGUUUUUGUCAUUUGAAGUUGACUGAUGCAUUAGAAAUGAAGCUCUUUUUAAUGAAUCUUUUUUUUUUUUUUUUUUUUUUUUUUUUUUUUUUUGUCAUCUAACCUAUAAUUACAUGUAAACUUAGGCAACUUCACGAGAAUUCUUGUUUUGUAUAUGGUGUAUAUGUUGUUGUGCAUAUGAUGGCUUCAUAGGACAGCUUGUAUGUAUAUUGGUACAACUUUGAUAUCCAGAUUGAUGUUAGUGGUGCAAAUAUUUUGGAAUCAAGAAUUGUUCUUGACUGAAAAGUCUUGUGUUUUCGUUAAGAAAGACAUUUUGCUGUG